AUGCAGAAGGGGAUGCGGCUGAACGACGGGCACGUCGCCUACCUGGGGCUGCUGGCGAAGAAGGACGGCAGCCGCCGCGGCUACCUGAGCAAGCGCAGCGGGGACAACACGAAAUGGCAGAGCAAGUGGUUCGCGCUGCUGCAGAACAUGCUCUUCUGCUUCGAGAGCGACUCCAGCUCGCGGCCCUCCGGCCUCUACCUGCUGGAGGGCAGCGCCUGCGACCGCGCGCCCUCGCCCAAGCCCUCGCUCUCCGCCAAGGACUCGCUGGAGAAGCAGCAUUAUUUUACUGUUAGUUUCAACCAUGAUAAUCAGAAAACCCUGGAGCUGAGGACGGAGGAUGCCAAAGACUGCGAUGAAUGGGUAGCAGCGAUAACUCACGCAAGUUAUAGGAAUCUUGCUACAGAGCAUGAAGCUUUAAUGCAGAAGUACCUCCAUUUACUUCAGAUUGUGGAAACCGAGAAAACUGUUGCCAAGCAACUAAGACAACAGAUUGAAGAUGGGGAAAUCGAGAUUGAACGUCUGAAAUCGGAGAUUGCCUCCUUGCUUAAAGAUAACGAGCGCAUCCAGUCCACUCAGAGCAGCGCGCCAAAUGACGAUGACAGCGAUAUCAAGAAAAUCAAAAAGGUCCAGAGCUUUCUCCGGGGCUGGCUAUGCAGGAGAAAAUGGAAGACGAUCAUUCAGGACUAUAUCAGAUCUCCUCACGCUGACAGCAUGAGGAAAAGGAACCAGGUUGUCUUCAGCAUGCUGGAGGCAGAAGCAGAAUACGUUCAACAGUUGCAUAUUCUGGUCAACAACUUCCUUCGCCCGCUGAGGAUGGCAGCGAGCUCCAAGAAGCCUCCCAUCACCCACGAUGAUGUCAGCAGCAUAUUCCUGAACAGUGAAACAAUCAUGUUUUUGCACCAGAUCUUUUAUCAAGGCCUGAAAGCAAGAAUAUCUAGUUGGCCGACGCUAGUGCUUGCUGACUUGUUUGACAUCCUGCUGCCCAUGCUGAACAUCUACCAGGAGUUUGUGAGAAACCAUCAGUACAGCCUGCAGAUCCUGGCCCACUGCAAGCAGAACCGUGACUUCGACAAACUGCUGAAGCACUACGAGGCCAAGCCGGACUGCGAGGAGAGGACGCUGGAGACCUUCCUGACGUACCCCAUGUUCCAGAUUCCCAGGUACAUUCUGACGUUACAUGAGCUGCUGGCGCACACACCCCAUGAGCACGUGGAGAGGAACAGCCUGGACUACGCCAAGUCCAAGCUAGAAGAGCUUUCCAGGAUAAUGCAUGACGAAGUGAGCGAGACAGAAAAUAUUCGAAAAAAUCUGGCAAUAGAAAGGAUGAUUAUUGAAGGGUGUGAAAUUCUCCUGGACACCAGCCAGACUUUUGUCAGACAAGGUUCCCUCAUCCAAGUGCCGAUGUCCGAGAAAGGGAAGAUCACCAGGGGGAGGCUAGGCUCCCUGUCCUUGAAGAAGGAGGGCGAGAGACAAUGCUUCCUCUUCUCCAAGCACUUAAUCAUCUGUACAAGAGGCUCAGGUGGAAAAUUACACUUAACCAAGAACGGCGUGAUCUCUCUCAUCGACUGCACCUUGAUGGAGGAGCAGGAGAGCACUGAUGAAGAAACAAAAGCAUCAGGGCAAGACAUAGAUCAUCUCGAUUUCAAGAUUGUAGUGGAACCAAAAGAUUCUCCAUCCUUUACUGUUAUCUUGGUGGCAUCAUCCAGGCAAGAAAAGGCUGCAUGGACCAGUGACAUCAGUCAGUGUGUAGACAAUAUUCGAUGCAAUGGCCUCAUGAUGAAUGCAUUUGAGGAGAACUCAAAAGUCACAGUUCCCCAGAUGAUCAAGUCUGAUGCCAGCUUGUACUGUGACGACGUCGACAUUCGGUUCAGUAAAACGAUGAAUUCCUGCAAGGUCCUUCAGAUCCGCUAUGCAAGCGUGGAGCGCCUCUUGGAGAGGCUGACGGACCUGCGGUUCCUCAGCAUCGACUUUCUCAACACGUUUCUGCAUUCGUACCGGGUGUUCACCACGGCGGUGGUCGUUCUGGACAAACUCAUCACUAUCUACAAGAAACCCAUCAGUGCAAUUCCUGCAAGGUCACUGGAGCUCUUGUUUGCAAGCAGCCAGAACACCAAACUGCUUUACGGCGAGCCGCCCAAAUCUCCGAGAGCAAAUCGGAAAUUCUCAUCCCCUCCCCCGCUGUCCAUCACCAAGUCGUCCUCGCCGAGCAGAAGACGGAAGUUGUCCUUAAACAUCCCCAUCAUCACGGGAGGGAAGGCUCUGGACCUGGCUGCAUUGAGUUGCUCCUCCAAUGGCUAUGCAAGCAUGUACUCUUCCAUGUCACCCUUUAGUAAGACCACUCUUGAUAUAAACAAACUUUACGUGUCCAGUAACUACCCCAAUAAAAUACCUGAUGAAGGUGAAACUGCAUCUGAAAAACAAGAGGAGACUCCUCCAAGCAAGCCAAGUUCCGAGGUAUCAGUUCGGGAGGAGUCAGACACUGAUCCAAACCAGAGCGAUGAAGCAGAAACGGAGACCUCGCCAACGAAAUCUCCAACUACUCCUAAAGCCGUCAAAUGCAAAAAUUCAUCAGAUUUCUCAUUGUUUUCUUAUAACAAUGGAGUCGUUAUGACAUCCUGCCGGGAGCUUGACAAUAACCGCAGUGCCCUGUCAGCUGCUUCCGCUUUUGCGAUAGCGACUGCGGGAGCCAACGAAGGCACGCCGACCAAGGAGAAAUAUCGAAGGAUGUCAUUAGCAAGUGCAGGCUUUCCCCCUGACCAAAGGAAUGGGGACAAAGAGUUCGUGAUAAGACGAGCGGCAACCAACAGAGUGCUGAAUGUUCUGCGCCACUGGGUCUCCAAACACUCGCAGGACUUUGAAACCAAUGAUGAACUCAAAUGUAAAGUGAUCAGCUUUCUGGAAGAAGUUAUCCAUGAUCCUGAGCUCCUGACCCAGGAGAGAAAAGCGGCAGCCAAUAUUAUAAGGACUUUGACUCAGGAAGAUCCAGGAGACAAUCAGAUAACCCUGGAGGAGAUCAUACAGAUGGCUGAGGGAGUCAAAGCAGAACCCUUUGAAAAUCACUCCGCUUUGGAAAUAGCAGAACAGCUGACAUUGUUGGAUCACCUGGUCUUCAAGAAGAUCCCGUAUGAAGAGUUUUUUGGGCAAGGUUGGAUGAAGUUUGAAAAGAACGAACGGACUCCUUACAUUAUGAAGAACACGAAACACUUCAACGAUAUCAGUAACUUGAUAGCUUCCGAAAUCCUCCGAAAUGAGGAUGUCAAUGCCAGGGUGAGCGCCAUUGAGAAGUGGGUGGCUGUGGCAGAUAUCUGUAGGUGUCUGCACAACUACAACGCUGUCCUGGAGAUCACCUCCUCCCUGAACCGCAGUGCCAUCUUCCGGCUCAAGAAAACAUGGCUCAAAGUAUCCAAGCAGACGAAAGCUCUGAUUGAUAAGCUCCAAAGGCUGGUGUCGUCGGAGGGCCGUUUUAAGAAUCUCCGAGAAGCUCUGAAAAAUUGUGACCCACCCUGUGUUCCUUACCUGGGAAUGUAUCUGACCGACCUGGCAUUCAUCGAGGAGGGAACUCCAAAUUAUACCGAAGAUGGCCUGGUGAACUUCUCCAAAAUGAGAAUGAUUUCCCACAUCAUUCGAGAGAUCCGCCAGUUUCAGCAAACGUCCUACAAGAUAGAACACCAAGCCAAGGUGACACAGUAUUUACUGGACCAAUCAUUUGUAAUGGAUGAAGAAAGUCUUUAUGAAUCUUCUCUCCGAAUAGAACCUAAACUGCCUACCUGAAUGUGGAGCAGUGGCCGGCAGUUCGUCUGUACACAUCCUAUAUCAUAUUGUACAUACCUGUUUGUUUCUGUUGGGCACCCUAGAUUGACUUCCUCGUAUGUGCUUCUCAACGAAAACAAAACUUCCUCUUGCUAUUAGAACACAGUAGAACUCGACUAGAACUUCCUGCAUUGUUUAAGGAUUCAUGCAUAAAGCAUUUUGUUUAUGGCAGUCCCGGUUUAUUUUAAACGAUGUUAUUUUUGUCAUUUGUUCUUCUCAGGGGGUGGGGGAGAGCUGGGGUAGCAGGAGAAAAACAGCAAAUACACAACAAACCACAAACAGAGCUCUAGUCGCCUUUCCUUUCCGCCCUAGACACUGCUGUUGUGUUGGACGCACAAUCAGGGCACUCACUCAGCAUGUUUCACGUAAUUAUUGUAACUGAACGACAUUUGCUCUGGAGUCAAGCAAUUUAAAAAGAUUCUCCUUGACUGUGAUGCAGUUUAAAACAAUCAUUUUUGGUCAAGGGGGUGAUCUAAAUCAUUAUAUCACUGAGCCAACUUUCAGGCAACAGCCUAGCAUACGCUGUAGUUCAUCACACCUCCAUUAACCUGCACUCUGUUUCUGUUCCACCAUCUCAUUGGCUGUUCUGGUAACACCAGAUAGCAGGACCCAGGCACUGUGCCUGUGUGGGGAAAGAGACGUGUGUAAAUUACACAAUCCAUCGCUCUUGUUGGUUGCUGCCCAGAGUUCAUUGAGUAGGGGAGAGACAAUAUAUCUUUUACUAUUUUAGCUGCAUAACACUCAUUACACGCUUCUGUGGAUAUGCUAUAAAUCUGUAUACCUUGUGACAAUUAUUAGUAACACAAUGUAGAAUUAGAAAAAAAUGACCAAGUGUUUUUAUUACAUAUACUGUAAUCCUGUCUAACCACCGUCUAGCAGGAAUAUAGUAAUGUAGUGCUUAUUCUGUGAAUAUUACCAUGUAUUUUUUACAUUGUACAGUAUAUAAACACAGUUUAACUUUAAAGUGGCAGGCAUGCUCCACUGUAACAAACAGAAAACUUUUGCUGUAAGCAACACCUGGUGGUAUGAGAAUUCUAUUUCAAGCCCUAAAAUAUUUCAACUUACAGCUUGUUUGGAAAAAUAUUUCCAUUUUUGUAAAAAUAUAUGUUUCCUGAUUACCUCUUGCUAAUAAAUCUAUUCUAUCUCAGGGUGAACAAUGA